GACCACCAGUACGGUUAAUUCAAAUGCUCAACCAGCCGCUAUCAAUUCAGUGUCAGGCGGAACGGAACCAACACCCUCAUUACACUAACUGUCUGUAAUGGUGUCUGAGUUGCUGAGCCCAAACACAGAUGCAACAGCAAAUGAUCCGUGAUCGGAUUCAGUUGCAGACACAAAUUCCUGACGUUCGUGAUAUGAACCAAACCAUGCCAACGACCUGGAAUCAUACCUGGAUACCACCCUCGGUGGAUCCUCCGCAUGGUUCUUUGGGUGGUCCUGCAACCUUACAAACUCAAACGAUCAAUACCUACCGUGGUGUUAGAACGUCUCAUAUCCGAGAACCAAUUACUCAACCAUCUCAUUUAUAUCCGAAUUAUUCGCUAUCCGGUCCACCACAAUCACGACCAAAUCAAGCCACUAUAUUUGACGAAUCUGCACAAGCGGAUGCAAUGGAUAGGAAAUUCAGAGGCUUACCAUCAUGGAUGGGACGUGCUCAAUUCGAUGGCGUUCCUGAUACCACCCAGCAUCACGGACGACUGGUGCAGGGCCGGGAUACUACUGGAGUAUCCCUUUAUACACCCUGCAUAGACCCAUAAGUACGGACUUCCAAUUGUCCGUGCUAAUGUGGCUGUCCGGAUGGCCGUCGUCCAACACCGCCAGCUUGAUGUGCUUUUAGGCAGCUUCGAUGAAUGGCUUCGUGGUGGAUACGGC